UCGUGCCUCCACCACCGUACUCACACACUGUGACCUGCUGCUGUUGCUGCCGCUGCUGCUGCUGACAUCAGUAUAUCGCGAAAGAAAGAGGAAAAAUGUUAUUAAACCUUCGAUAUAAAUCCUAAAGUGCAUCGACACUAAUUACCAAAUACAUCGAUACCCAAAUAUUACAUUGGAACGUCCUACCAACCUGGAUUAUUGAAAAAUUCCAAAUCAGAUCCAGUCAUCAUAAAAAUGAGUUGGGCAUCGGAGAUUUAUCUACAUGCCCAAGCUCGUUUGGAUAAUAGAUGGCUUACUAUUAACCUACAGGAUGUUUUUGUUCGUGAAGGUCUAAGCCGGUUAUGGAAUGACUUGGUUUGUAAUGGAGAGUUGAUUAGCGGUGCAGCUAAAGAUGUCAUCCACGUAGCUGGCGUCUUAGCUAAAAAAGGUGAAUCUGGUUUGUAUUUCUGUGGAAGUGCUACAUCUGGUUGUACUGAAGAUACAUGUCAACCAGAUUAUGGAUGUAAUUGUGCACCUUGUCAAUAUCUUGACCAUACUGACCAGGAAGAGAAGGAAAAAGAAAUCAGAAGAACCAAAAUUGCGACUUCUAUGAUUGAUUCUUGGACUUGGGAUUCACAACCAGAUAUAAACCAAUUAAAAGACUGCUUAGAAACUCUGCUUUAUGAACACCACCAAUUCUCAGUGGGAGCAACAUCAACAACCCUGUCUAGUGUUAAAUUGUUACAGAGACUUGUAAUACUCGAAAGAUAUCUAAUUGCACUUUCCAGACAUUCACAAAAUGAAGGGAAAGCACCUCUAAGAAAGAAGCAAGCAGACCAAACAAAUCUAAAUAAACAGAAAGGAUCUGCCAAACCAACAGAAAAAGCAACACAUGGACUCGCACGUGUGGGAUCAAGAGCUGCCCUUAGUUUUGCAUUUGCAUUCUUGUAUCGAGCAUGGCGUAGUGGUGAAGAUUCUGAUCUUUGUAGUGAAUUACUACAAGAAUCUCUAGAUGCACUUAGAUCACUACCUGAAGCCACUCUUUUUGACGAGAGUUCUGUUUCUCCAGUUUGGCUUGAAGUUGUUGAAAGAGCAUCUAAAUUUUUACAUUCCGUUGUGGCAGGUGAAUUGACUGGAGGUGGUGGUAUGACUUCAACAGCUUCAUCGUCUGUGACAUCUUCUCGUUACACAAACCACGUCCCACUUCCAGAUCAACAGCGAGCUCUUGCUCUUCUACUUGAAUUAGCAGUACAGAGAGGCUCUUUGAGUCAUAUUCUUGGAGGUGUGCUUCUGUUGUUGAAUCUUUGGGAAAACAGCUGGCAUGAAAGAGACAACAGAGUUAAUAGCAAUUUGACUUCUGCUCCAUUGGUGCCACUACUAAAGCGAUUCUUUGGAAUACGGUCAAACAAAGCAAAGAACUAUGAAAUGACAAAAUGGGACGAACAAGCUGAUGUGUACUUUGUGAGUCCAACUGAAUGCUUUCUGAGAUACAUCACAGAUCUUGGAGAUGAAAAUGCCCCUGUUGACUUGCAGCAAUGUGCAGUUGUGAUUAUGUCCCACCUAGAUCGAUUGGCAGCACCUUACUUACCUCCAGCUUCCUCAAAUAAGAACAUAGAAUUUGAAGACAUUUUGGGCUGGGCACCAACAAUACCACAGAUAAACAGUCAGUUACAUUCUAAUAAUGAUGGAGAUUGCAUUAAGCAGAUACAGUCUUCAUCAAGAAUGUUUUUAGCUUUAACAAAGUCUGGCAAAGUUUAUAGUUUCAGUUAUUCAUCUGAAAUACAGACCCCAAAGGUUAUAGAAGGCUUUGGUCAGAGAGAAGUCAUAAAGAUUGCUUCCUGUCCUGAAGGAAGCCACUACAUGGCACUAACAUGUGAUGGAAAAGUGUUUUCUUGGGGUUUUGGUGAAGGCGGUCGCCUUGGACAUGGAGACAACAUAUCCUAUGAAGAACCUAACUUGAUUUCAGCAUUAGUUGGCCAUCAUGUGACUCAUAUAUCCUGUGGCAGCUCAACCAGUGCAGCAGUUACUUCACAUGGAGAACUGUACACAUGGGGAAAAGGAAACUAUGGUCACUUGGGACAUGGAAGUUGUGAUGAUAUGUCUCUGCCAACUCUUGUUUUGUCCCUCAAGAGUUAUCGCAUUGUGGAUGUUGCCUGCAGCUUUGGAGAAGGACAAGCAAUUGCUCUUUCUGAUACAGGAAUUGUUUUUACGUGGGGUGACAAAGAUUCUGACAAAAGUGGAAGAAGCAGUAAUGAAUCUCGCAUACCAAAACCAGUAGAACCUCUAACAGAAAAUAUUGUUCGAGUCUUUUGUGGCUCACAAUUUUGCCUUGCUUUGUCAAGGCUUGGUGUAGUUUACUCUUGGGGGAAAGGUAAUUUCUACAAACUUGGUCAUGGUUCAGAGGAGAAUGUUCGUUACCCUAAACCAAUUGAAGGCCUGACUGGCAACGUUGUGAUAGAUAUUGCUGUCAGUUCAGUGCGUUGUUUAGCCUUAACAGAUGAAUCCAAAGUCUAUGGUUGGGGAAGAAGUGAAUGUUUGCAGGCUGGAGAAUCUUUCAUCACUCUCACUGAACCUACGAUUAUCCAAGCUUUUGAAGGAAAGAAAAUCGUUAGCAUUGCUUGCAAUCAAACUCAAAGUUUUGCCUGUUCAGCAACACCUCAAUGGGUUGUUGGCAUGAUGCCGUUUGUGGUAGAUGUCUGUAAAUCGACUUUUGAACAAAUCGAUGAACUUUUAUCACAAGUUUGUGAGGACAUGGAUGGGCGCAAUGAUUGGCCACCACCCCAAGAGAAGGAAUGCAUUGCAGUUUCUGCAUUGAAUUUACUGAAUUUGCAGUUGCAUACUGCUAUAUGUCAGAAUGAGAAUACAGAAUGUCUUGGUUUACAACCUGGCAGCCCUGUUGUGAACAGUCUCAAACAGCGGGUAGUUGUUUUGGCUAGUACAUCUGGAAUAAUCAACAGUAUACAGAUGGCAGCACAAGAUGCACUGCAGAUAGGAUGGUCCAUUUUGUUACCUACAGCUGACGAAAGAGCACGAGCUCUUUCCAAUCUACUCUCAACCAAAAGCCGUGAUGCAACAACCCAAAAUGAAGGUCAGCGAUUCAUGACUGACCUUCUUGUAAAUAGUCUAAUGGCUGAUGGUGGAUUGGAAAUUGCCCUUCAAGCAGCAGUGAAGAAGGAAGCUCAAGAAAUUGAGAAAAAGGAAAAGAUUUCUGAAGAAGAUCUGGAGAGGGAAGUAGAAGCAAAGAAAGUUGGAGAGGCAACAAAUGCCUUAAAGACAGAACGUGCUGUUUUGGAAGCACAAGCUCAACAGUGGCAAGAUGAAGGCGCUACAGGAAUCCCCUUAUUGCAGCUUAUCCAACAGUUGCUCAAAAAUUUCACUUCUCAGACUCAUUCAAUGCUCCAACGCAUAGCAGAAGAAACUAUCUCCAAAUACGACUAUGUUGAAGUGCCUGACAACUCCACUCCAUUGAAGUUGUUACUUCAGUUCCAAAGACUUCUAGUCAGCAAAUUGUUCCCUUUUGAAGAAAAAUAUGGUAAAGCAACUUCUCCAGAAAUAGAAGCUGACAUGUUAAGUGCGGGUUCAGUUCUCCGAAAAUACAUGAACCAGCUUUGUUGCCAUGUUGCCGAUGUCUUACCUGUUGCUGCUUGUCUUGCCAGUCAUAGCAGCAAACAUUUUUCAUUUAUUUCGAAGAUAAUUUCUCAAGAUGUUACUGGUGUUCUUCUACCAGAGAUUGUCACUAGUUUGGUUCUACUCCAACUAAAGAACCCUGCUGUUUUACAAUCAUCAAAGGUGAUUGUUGUUCUUGAUGGAAUUCUUGACAUCUUGGACAAGUUCAACAGAUUGGCACCUGGUCUGGAAUGGGAUGACAAAGACGAUCUUUUGUGGCCAGGAUUUUGUCAACAUUCUCUGGAGAAAUUUUCACCAAAGACAUCCUGUGAUAUUCCUGUGAUUCGUAAGGCUGAUCUAGAGAAUCAUAACAAAGAUGGUGGUCUGUGGAUAGUUCACAACAAGAAAGUUUAUGAUUUACUUGGCUACAAAGCGCAGAUACUACCAGAGAAAGAUGUACUUGUUGAUAUCUCAGUGCGUGAUCCUGCAUCUGUAUUCUUAUCGGGUAUUCAAGCAGAUGUCACUGAUAAGUUGCAGCCUUUUCUAGUGGGAAAUUAUGUUGAUCCUGAAGAAGAUAUUAUCCAGACAGCAGAUACAAGUACAGCUUCAUCACCUCUCAUAGACACUGAAAGAACACUAGGUCUUUUGCUUGGACUUCAUGCUGGAUACCAAGCCCACAGCACUAAUCUUUCAGCUGAAGAAGAAGAAUUUUCUCAUUGGCUUCAAUCCGAAUUCUUUGCAGGAGGAUUACAAAUUUUGCAGCCACAAAAUCCAUUUGAAGAAGAGAAAGGAGAGAGCAAAACUUCAAGUUCAUGUACAACUACACCUGGCACCACUCCAUCCUCUGAAGAGAACAGUCCAUUUCAGCAAGAUAAAGAGAGGCUUUUCGAUCGUCAAGCCUCUCAGGCUGAUGCCGCCCGUCCAUUCUUGCAAGCUCUCGCUGAAGGUAAACUUCAAGACCCUUCCGUUAAGGCCAUCCUGUCUCUUAUAGAAAGAUAUUCAAAACAGCAGCACAACAAUAUACGAAUCGAAUUUCCUCCUGAUCAUCCUGUAGAAGAAGUCAGCCGUUUGUUCCUGUGUGUACUUCUGAAACAUCAUGAUCUUGGCCAUGUUGCUCUGAAUCUCAUUGAUCAUGUAAAUGAAGAUUCCUGUGCCAAGAUAGUCUUGCCACGUGCAAUGGUAGAAUUGGUGAAAAUUGUUGGGCAAGCAAGAUGGUCCUUGAUUAAAGCACAUCAAGACCAAGGACAGUCUUAUAAAGAAGUUUGCGCUCCUGUGAUAGAAAGAUGCCAUUUUCUUUUUAAUGAACUUCGACCAGCAAUUGAUAAUGAAAUUAGUGUUCUAUCUCGCUCAAAGAUUCUGAAGACUAUGCCAAGAUGGAAGAACAUAAUACAAAAAAUGAUGGAUUCAAAGAAGAAAUUAAAAAAAGUACCUGACUUCAAAGAGGAUAAAGAUAUAGAAAAAUUACAGCAACAGCUUACUGGAGUUGCUCUGAGUGAUAGCAGUCAUGACAGAACUGACGAAGAUCCUGAUGAUGAAAACGAAGUGAAGGUGUUUGGGAAAGAUCAAGCAAAAGUUGGGGAACUCACUGAAACACUGUUCACAUCAGUAGAGAGUGAAAUAGAGAGAGUUUGUCGACAAACUGUUAUGCAUAGAUAUGAUGUCCACAGGCAAAACAAUGACUUUGAUGGUGGGAAGCUAAAACAAACAUCGGAGAAAAAGGUGUGUAUUUUUGUCUCAUUUUCUUUUUCUGCUUUAUGUGCGUCCACUCCUGCGCCUUGUGUGUGUGUGUGUGUGUGUGUGUGUGUAAAUCCUAUGAACAACUUGGAUUACCACAAUAAACUUUCUACAGCAGAAACGAGACAUUGGGUGGUUGCUCCUCCUGGAUAUGAUACUGGUUCACCACAAGGUUACUCCAGUUUCUGCUGUAAACAGUCAGAUGCUUUUCCUGUCACUAACCCUCACCUGUUUCCAAGCAAGCCUGAUAAUUGGAGUCAUGUUGUCAAUGCUGUUUUAAGUAAUGAUAAAUUUCGAUGGUUGAAACAGAGGCUUACUGGUUCAAAACCAGAGUAUGCACUGAUGAAUAAAAUAUUUGAAUUCAUUAUGUGGGAACAUCCAAUUGACAUUGAGAAACUCCGCUGCUCCCUGCAUCAUCAAGUUGAAAGAGCUAAACUGAGAUUAAAAGGUAUCCAAAACAUGCUUAUCUUAACACAUAAAGAGCAUCUGAUACCUUCAAUAAAGUAUUCUAUAUUAUGUGGUUGGCUUGGCCUUCUUUCACUCAGAAACAAAGUCUGCGAACCCGUUCCACACUGCCUGGCUAAUAUUAAUCUAAUACCUCCUUGUGAUAAAAUUCUUCUUGAAAUGACAUUCUCUGACCUAUACAAAUGGGCUGUAAAAGAACUCCGCAACAUUCUUCUGCAAGUGGAAGCCACUUUAAAAGCAAGAAAUCUUAAUUCUUCUCGAAGUAUUCAAGAUAAUUCCAAAGAGUGCUUGAGUAUUGGCUGUCUUCCUCAGUCCCGUUUCUUGUUAGCAUGUAUCGGUAUACUAAUGUCGCAACACCAGCCUAACAGCCUUAGUAUGCUUCUCAACUCUGGCUUGUUGGGACUUAGCCAGUCUAUCCUCAGAUUAACGGGUCGUGACCCUAAUGGACCUAUUCCUGAUAAUAGCAGUGUGAUGUGUGCUGUUUUGGAAGAACAUAAGGCUAAGAAACAAACACCACCUGUCCCUAUUUCUGGUCCAGAACUUGCUGCAAUGAUGAAAACUGGAACAAGGGUCGUGCGAGGAGCAGAUUGGAAGUGGGGGGAGCAGGAUGGACCCCAUCCUAGCGUAGGUCGAGUAAUCUGUGAAUUGGGAGAAGAUGGCUGGAUACGUGUCCAGUGGGAUACAGGCAGCACAAAUAGCUAUAGGAUGGGCAAAGAAGGCAUGUAUGACCUCAAAUUAGCACAACCACCUCAGAUGCCCGACAAUGACGAAGAUGAUGAAGAGGAGGUUGAUACAGGUGAACCUUCUCAACAGAAAAGCAGACAUCCAACAGCCUUCAUUCGGCAAGGAACAAUCUCUUUACUGCGAGUGCUCUGUCUUUGUGCCAGCAUAAAUGCUGAAAACAUGCAGAAAGAAUCGAUAAGCAAUCUUUGUGGAUUGAUCUGCACAAUUGUUCAUCAGACAGUGCAUAAUACACCUGGUAAUAAUGCAACAUUAAAGCGUGUUUGUGAAGAACAACAUUUUAGUUGGUGUACUCUUGGAUUCAUCAGAAGUAUUGCAUCAAGCCCAACAAUCUGUCAAGCUCUCAGUACUCCAAGAUGGAUUGUUUUAUUGUUCAAAUUGCUUUCUUCAGACCAAAGUUCUGAUGUGCCAAAAAACGUCGUACGACAGAUUCUAGCUCUUAGAUUGUUGAAGGGAGUUCUACCUUCAUGGGACAGCUCACUCGAAGCAAGCAGGAUGAAAGACAUUGUAGAAAAAAUGUUCUCUCUUCUCGGAAAUGUUCUUUUGUCUUGCUCAUCUGAUCCAACUUUACUUCCUCCAAGUGAUACUCUUAGGAAAGGCCAUCGCGGGCGACCACCUGUGACGAUCACUGCUUCAUAUUCCAGUACUGUAGCUGAUGAAAUUGUGUCAACAAUUAGGAAACUUCAUCUGUUAGAUGGCUGGAAUGCACACAUCAACUCUUAUAUUAUCUCCAAGUUAGGAAUGAUUGAAGAUAUGGUCUGUGAUAAGAGUAAAUCCUCCAUGGAUGAUCUCAACAUUGAUCUUCAAGAAACACAUGCAGCAAUAAUGGCUGUUCUUGCAGUUAUUGGUGGAAUUGGUUUGCUGCCACGCCUAGGAGGUCUUGUUAUGCAUUAUGAAUUAAGACUUGGAACAAUUGCUAAUAUCCGUCCUUCUGGCAAAAUUCAAGUCCAGUUUCCAGAAGUGGGACUCAAGAUGUGUCGAAUGACCGAUCUCGUUCCUGUUCCUCACCUAGAAUUUUCUGUGGAUAAGUUACUGACAGAGAAUGUCAUCAAUACUUGGGUCAAAUUGGUUAGUUUAGCUGGGACAGGAUUUAAAGUUGAAAAAGAGAGAGAGAGGACAUCACUAUUCAGUAGUGUCAAUAGUGUAGAAUCAACUGGAACCAAUACAGACAAGAAGAACUUUGGAUGUGGUUUAAAUACAAAACUUCUACACAAACAACAAAUUCGACUGGGUUUGCUAAAAGCAGCAAGAGUACUAUUUAGUCGACAGGAUAACUUACACAAAGUUUUAUCUCAGCCAGCUGUUCUUGACUUGGGUUUUGCAUCUUCACUGGAAACAGGUGUUGGAUUCAGUAGCAGUACUGAAGAAGACCUGAACACUUUGCAGCAGGAACCAGCCACAAACAUAUCUUUAUUACAACAUCUGAUGGUUGCCGCAACACAACCAUCUCCACUUAAAGCAAUAUUUUCUAGAGAAGAAAUGGAGGCUGCAGCAAUGGCUGUUUGUCAGUACUUAACAGCUGUAUCCGGACAGCCACAAGAUGUCUUUGACUCCAGUUCUGACAGCGAAGAUAUUGUGCCUUACCUAGUCAAUUCUGCAUCAGUGUCUCAGGUAUCUCCAAACCGUACCCCUAAGUCCAAAAGAGUACGACAAAGUUCACUGCAGCAGCCUUUGCCUCCUGUGGUGUUCCAGUUGCAAGAAAUGGGUUUCCCCCGAAAGAAUGUAGAACAUGCCAUUAAAGCUCUUGAGGAAGUGGGUUCUAAAUAUGACAAUGAUGGAGGUGGUUCCUUACUUGCUGGGUGUGACACCCCAAGUGCAGAGUCAUUGGUUGGAUGGUUGCUGGAGCACAAAGACCUUAAAAUACAAAGCGAUUCUGAUUCUGACAUGUCAGUUUGUUCUAUAGAUAUAGAUUCUGAUGAGACUGGAUCUAUGUCUGACAUUUUUGAUGAUUUAGAUGAUGAUGACAUAGAAUUAGAAGAGCAAGAAAUAACAACAACAACUUACAAAAAACCCUCAGAUUUUGCCAACAUUGAUGAAUAUGCCAUGUACGUUCAAAUAAAUAUUGUUCCUGGAAUGACAGUGCGAUGUUGUUGUACAUAUGAAGAAGUGAUGGAAGGAGAUAUUGGCAAAGUUAUUAAGCUUGACCAUGAUGGACUUCACCACCUGAAUGUCCAAGCAUACUGGCAGAGAAAAGGAGGUACUUACUGGAUGCGAUACAUACAUAUUGAAUUAUUAGGCUUUACUGAUGUUCCUUCUUCUUGUCAAACAAUAAAGGUUGGUGACAGAGUUCGUGUAAAGCCUUCUGUUUCCUUACCCAUGUACAAAUGGGGUUCUGUGACCCACAGAAGUGUGGGUGUUGUCACAGCUAUUCAUGCAAAUGGUCGUGAUAUUAGCAUUGACUAUCCUCAGCAGGCUCAUUGGACUGGCGUUAUUGAGGAAAUGGAAUUGGUACCUAGUACACAUCCUGGUAUUUUGUGUAAUGGUUGUCAGAUGAACCCUAUCACUGGAUCACGAUUUGAAUGCAGAGUUUGUAAAAAGUUUGAUUUUUGUGAAAACUGCUUCAAGACAAAACGAAACCAUAAGCAUCCAUUCAACGGAAUCCCAGAACCAGGUUGUGAACCAAUUGAUGUUGGAAAACCUGGAAAGCAGAAACAAGUGAAUUCUGUUGGGAAUGGUUCACUUAUUGACAACUGGCACAUGUGUGUGAAAAACCUGACUGUUUCUUCAAGAGAAAACCAGGCAUCACGAUUGAUUGAUGAAGGAAAUGGUUAUUGGCAAAGUGCUGGAUCACAAGGAAAACACUGGAUUUGCCUGGAAAUGUAUCAAGAUAUCCUUGUAAGUCGUCUACAGAUGAAGGUUGAACCAACAGAUUCCAGUUAUAUGCCAUCACUUGUGGUUGUCAGUGGCGGUGAUUCCGUACACACCUUGAAAGAACUUAGAACCAUUAAUAUCAGUGUGUCUUUCACUUGGGUUACACUGCUUGAAGAUAUGACGGUGUAUUAUAGAUUCAUAGAAAUUGCUAUCAAGCAGUGCCGAAGUAGUGGAAUUGAUUGCAAAGUUCAUGGCCUAACGAUUGUGGGACGAAGGAAAGUUGAUGAGGAUGACAGUGCUGCUAACUUUGCUUUCUUAGCGUCGGAUGAUGAAGACGAACAAAGUAGCUCUCUGCAAGGAUGUCGGAAAAAGGCAAGGUCAUCAAGUUUCAGUGAGAUUCAAACACAUGUAUGUGUUUGGGGUUUGAAUGACAAAGACCAGCUAGGAGGCCCAAAAGGGUCAAAGAUCAAAUUGCCGUAUUUGAAUGAAACUUUGUCAGCUUUAAAAUGUGUCCAGAUUGCUGGUGGAUCAAAAAGUUUAUUUUGUGUUACCCAAGAAGGAAAGGUCUAUGUGUGUGGUGAAGCUACCAAUGGGCGGCUUGGAUUAGGAGUCACAUGUGGCAGUGUUCCUACCCCAACUCUUGUAGGGGCACUCAGCCAAUAUGUCAUAAAAAAGGUUGCUGUUCAUUCAGGUGGGCGACAUGCAUUAGCUCUAACUGUUGAUGGUAAAGUAUUUUCUUGGGGUGAAGGAGAUGAUGGAAAACUUGGACAUGGAAAUAGAUCCCGCUGUAAUAGACUUCGACUUGUGCUGGCUUUGAAGUCCAAACGUGUACGAGAUAUUGCUUGCGGCAGUUCCCACAGUGCCGCAAUUAUUUCCAAUGGAGAUCUUUACACCUGGGGUCUUGGAGAGUAUGGUAGACUGGGGCAUGGAGAUACAACCACUCAACUCAAACCAAAGCAGGUUAUGGCUCUUGUUGGCCAAAGGGUUAAGCAAGUUGCCUGUGGAAGUCGUGAUGCCCAGACACUUGCCUUGACUGACGAAGGACUUGUUUAUUCUUGGGGUGAUGGAGAUUUCGGUAAAUUAGGUCGUGGAGGGAGUGAAGGCUGCAGUGUUCCACAUGUCAUUGAUCGCCUAACAAAUCUCAAUGUCUGUCAAAUUGAAUGUGGAGCUCAAUUUUCUCUGGCUCUCACAAAAUCUGGUGGAGUUUGGACAUGGGGUAAGGGAGACUACUUCCGAUUGGGUCAUGGAACAGAUACUCACAUUAGAAAGCCUAAAUGCGUUGAAGGCCUGAAAGGGAAAAAAAUUGUACAUGUUGCUGUUGGGGCCUUACACUGUUUAGCUGUCACCGAUACGGGACAGGUUUAUGCAUGGGGAGAUAAUGACCAUGGACAGCAAGGAAAUGGAACCACCACUGUCAAUAGAAAACCAGCUCUCGUUCACGGACUGGAAAGUUUCAAAAUAACUAAAGUUGCAUGUGGUUCUUCUCAUAGCAUUGCAUGGGCAACCACAGAUCUUGCUGCACCAACAACUCAUGAACCUGUACUUUUUUCUGCUUCCCGAGAUCCUCUUGGUUCUACACUCUUAGGUUUAAAUGAAGGAGUCAAUGAUGAGAUAACAUCCUCAGUUAUUCCUGCAACUACUACCAAACCGAAACGACCAUCUUUGUCAAAGAUCAUUCUUUCUUUGGAAUCUGAUGCCAGUAAACAACAAGCUUUGAACCAUAUACUCACUGCUCUACAGAUCAAAUACGCCAGAGAUGCAAUAGUUGGAUCAUUAAUGAAAGAAGUUCAAGCCGUGAAUCCCAGCAGUUGCCUGGAAAAUCAACGUUCAGCUCAGUUUCACCAGUCCUCACCUGUCAUGUUAGCAUCAAUUGGUACUACAGAAGAACUGGCACCAACUGUUCACUCUACUCCUACAAUGGCAGCAUUAUCUGAACGAGAUUCCACAGCAAUGGUAGAUUCCUCUCAUUCAGACACAUUUUGUCCUGGAGAAAUAUCAUCUUUUCCAAGUAUGCACAGUUUGGCUGCAAAAGUUUCCCCUGCAACUAGCAUAAUUGCUGAGACAUUUACCUCACCUGAUCAAGUAACGAGUACUUUGGAAAUCGUAAAGCCAGCUUAUCCCGAAGGCCUCGAUGAGUUCACCAGCAAACUGACUGCUGACGAUGCAAGAGUUCUUGUUGAUCUUCUUAAACUUGCUGUUGCAAAUCGAGCCGGUGAGAAAGGGAAGGAUACACUAGCUGGCAUCUUGAAAGCCGUUGACAAGGCGUAUCCUCAGGUUGCAGAGAUGUUGCUGGAACUGUGUGUCACAGAACUGGAAGAUGUGGCUGCUGAUACUGAAUCUGGACGUACUUUACCACAACCUGUUGUACAAGAGAGUCCACAUCAUUAUUCAGAUGACCUAUCACUAUCAGGCCAUGUGAAAAUACCUGGCGCUGAAUGUUUACGAGUUGAGUUUGACCGCUUGUGUUCAACAGAACGACGACAUGAUCCAUUGACCAUUAUGGAUGGUUCUGGAAGAACUGUUUCUGUACGAUCAGGCAGGGAAUGGUCUGAUUGGUCAACAGAACUGAGAAUUCCUGGAGACGAACUACGGUGGAAGUUUACUAGUGAUGGUUCUGUUAACGGUUGGGGUUGGAGAUUUACUGUUUACCCAAUCAUGCCAACUGCAGCACCUAUGGAUAUGUUAACUGACAGAACUGUUCUUUCCCGGCCUUCUAUAGAUUUGGUUAUUUGUCUUCUUGAUUUGGAACUGGAUGCUAGUUCUGACUGCAGCAUUGUACCUAGACUAGCUGCUGCUCUGGCAGCAUGUGCUCAACUGAGCUCUUUAGGUGCACAGCAGAGAAUGUGGGCUCUGCAAAAGCUUCGAAAGAUCAUGGCAGUCAAUUAUGGGGUUAAUUUGAAUGUGAACACUCUAAUUUCCAGUCCUACAACUGAUUCACCUGAUCAAGAAACCUCUAGAACCCCAACAAUGUCCCUCAGUGGAACAGCUCUCGCUUCACUUGUAAAAGGGUUACCUGAAGCUUUACAACGGCAGUAUGAAUAUGAAGAUCCUAUAGUACGCAGUGGUAAACAUCUUAUGCAUAGUCCAUUCUUCAAGGUUUUGGUGGCUUUGGCUUGUGAUCUUGGUCUGGAUUCUCUUCAGUGUUGUGUUGAAGCACACAAAUGGGCAUGGUUUCGCCGCUAUUGUGCGGCAGCAAGAGUUUCGACUGCAAUCGUGAACAGAAGUGUUUUGCCGCCCUCAUUUACUGAGGAUGUAAUGAAGAAAAUUGAAGACAUCUCUGCUGAAGGAGAAGUUGUGACCAGAGACCAUGAAAAUCACGAGAUUUUUAAACAAGAACAUGAUGAACAGCUACUGCUUUGGUUGAAUAGACGACCAGAUGAUUGGACACUGUCAUGGGGUGGUAGUGGACAAAUUUUGGGGUGGGGCCAUAAUCACCGAGGCCAGCUAGGAGGUGUGGAUGGUCCCAAGGUGAAGUUACCUGUCAGUUGUGAAACACUUGCAACUUUGCGACCGGUACAGCUCAUUGGAGGAGAACAAACAUUAUUUGCUGUUACUGCUAAUGGAAAGGUUUAUGGUACUGGAUAUGGUGCCGGCGGUCGCCUGGGUACUGGUGGUACAGAGUCGGUCGCUACACCAACUCUUCUAGAGUACAUUCAACAUGCAUUUAUCAAGAAACUUGCUGUGAAUUCUGGUGGGAAACAUUGCUUGGCAUUAUCUGCUGAAGGAGAAGUAUUUACAUGGGGAGAAGGAGAAGAUGGAAAAUUGGGUCAUGGAAUCAAAAUUCCUUGUGAUCGUCCAAGAAUGGUAGAGGCUCUCCGUGGAAAAGAAGUUAUUGAUAUAGCAGCAGGAGGGGCCCACAGUGCUUGCAUCACAGCUAGCGGAGAACUGUAUACCUGGGGCAAAGGCAGAUAUGGCAGAUUAGGGCAUGGCGAUAGUGAUGAUCAAACCAAACCAAAGCUGGUUGAAGUAUUAAAAGAUUAUCGUGUGAUAGAUGUUGCAUGUGGCAGUGGUGAUGCACAAACAUUGUGUAUUACUGAUGAUGAUAGUGUUUGGUCUUGGGGAGACGGAGACUAUGGUAAACUUGGUCGAGGAGGGAGUGAUGGCUGCAAGGUACCUAUAAAAAUUGAAUCUUUACAGAGCCUCGGGGUCAUAAAAGUUGAAUGUGGCUCCCAAUUUUCUGUUGCAUUAACACAAUCUGGUGCUGUAUACACAUGGGGUAAAGGUGAUUAUCACAGACUUGGACAUGGAACUGAUGAUCAUGUACGGAAACCUAGACGUGUAUCAGCUUUACAAGGCAAGAAAGUGAUUGAUAUUGCUUGCGGAUCACUACAUUGUGUUGCCUGCACCGAUACUGGUGAGGUCUAUACAUGGGGUGAUAAUGAUGAAGGUCAGUUAGGAGAUGGCACCACAAAUGCUAUCCAAAGACCCAGGCUUGUUACAGCACUUCAGGGUACAAAAAUAAACAGAGUUGCAUGUGGGUCUGCACACAGUUUAGCUUGGUCUACCAACAAACCAAUCAGUGCUGGGAAAUUGCCUUCAGUCAUACCAUUAGAAUAUAAUCACCUCCAGUCCAUUGAAAUUCCUGUUCUUCGAAACAGACUUGUAUUGCUUCAUCACUUCUCAGAUCUAUUUUGUCCGUCGAUACCAAUGUUUGAUCUCCAGGAAGGUGGAUCCGAAUGCAGUAGAGGAGAGGUUCUAACUAAUCUAAACGCUCUUCGUGGAGUUUUAGUUUCUGCUUCAAAGGAAGCUUCUUUCCGGAAAGUUGUGCAAGCGACAGCAGUCAGAGAUCGACAACAUGGACCAGUUGUAGAACUAAACAGAAUUCAAGUAAAAAGAUCUCGAAGUCGUGGUGGGCUUGCUGGGCCUGAUGGUACUAAAUCAGUAUUUGGACAGAUGGCAGCAAAGAUGAGUGUUUUUGGUCCUGAUAGCUUAAUGCUACCACACCGAGUAUGGAAAGUUAAAUUUGUUGGUGAAAGUGUCGACGAUUGUGGAGGAGGAUAUAGUGAGUCAAUUGCUGAAAUGUGUGAUGAACUUCAAAAUGGCUCACUCUCAUUACUCAUUGUAACACCAAAUGGUCGAGAUGAGUCUGGAGCAAAUCGUGACUGCUUUUUAUUAAAUCCAAUGUUGAAAUCGCCACUUCAUCAAAACAUGUUUAGAUAUUUAGGAAUGCUGAUGGGUAUUGCAAUUCGAACGGGAAGUCCACUUAGCCUUAAUAUAGCAGAACCUGUUUGGAAACAACUUGCAGGGAUGCCUCUGACAAUAAGUGAUUUGACUGAGGUUGAUAAAGAUUUUGUUCCUGGAUUAAUGUGUAUCAAGGAAAUGCUCAAUGCAGAUCUAAGAAAUGCUGACAUGCCAUUUAGCGUCCCCAGUGCUUCUGGUCAAGAAAUGCAAUUAUCGAUGAAAUAUCGUAUCACUCCCGAAAACAGAUCAGAGUACAUUAAAUCAGCGAUGAACUACCGGUUGCAUGAGUUUGAUGACCAAAUAAGAUGGGUGCGAGAAGGCAUGGCCAAAGUUAUACCAGUACCGUUACUGUCGCUUUUCACUGGAUUUGAGCUAGAAACUAUGGUGUGUGGCAGUCCUGAUAUACCGUUGACUCUGCUGAAAUCAGUGGCCACAUAUAAAGGUAUAGAUGCUACUGCACCUCUAAUACAGUGGUUCUGGGCAGUAAUGGAAGAAUUUACUAACACUGAGAGGUCCUUGUUUUUGCGAUUUGUUUGGGGCCGAACGCGAUUACCACGAACUAUUGCUGAUUUCAGAGGAAGAGACUUUGUUUUACAGGUCUUAGACAAGUAUAACCCACCUGACCAUUUUCUCCCAGAAAGCUACACCUGUUUUUUCCUCUUAAAAAUGCCAAGAUAUUCGUCUCAAGAUAUAUUAAAGGAAAAAUUAAAAUAUGCCAUCCAUUUCUGCAAAUCUAUCGACACUGACGAUUACGCCAGAGUUGCCCUCACUGGAGAUCUCAUGGAUGAUGACAGCCAUGAUGCUAGUGAAGAAAGUGAUGACUUGGAUAGUAUUGAAUCAGGAGAAUUUGUGGAUUCUGACUGAAGGUUCUUCCCCCACCCACAACAACCACCACCACCACCACCACGACUAUCAUCUUCUGUUCCUGUCUUGUUAAAUUAAUGUCUUAAAGAGGCACAAGGCCGGAGAAAUUUUGGCAGGAGGAAACAGUCAAUUUUAUUGACUUUAACAAGAUGUUUAACUGACUAGAUGUUGCCAAACAUUUUGUCACUGCUCUUAAUGUCCUGUUAAUCCACUGCCUUUGUCUAUUAAUUUACCACCUUUGUCUUGUUCAAAUAAUAAAUAGUUGUUUGACAUGAUUUUUUUUUUUUCUUUCUCUAUGAAAAUUGGAGGUUUUGAAUGUUUGGGUGAGGUUUAAACCUUGUUCUUCCUCUACCAUCACCCUCCUCCCUUAUUUACACCUGCUCUUGAAACAUUUACCUGACCAACUCUAUGACAAAACAAAACACAGUAAGAGGCAACAGGCCCAUGCAUGUCUUCAUUAUUAAACCUAGCUAACAACUAAUGUACAGGUCUUUAGUUGAAGUCACAAGGUUGGAAUGCAUGGCUGUGUAGUCAAUAUUUCCUGAUAUAAAUAAUAAGGAAUAGAACAUUGAAAAUGUGAACAAAACAUUCCCCUACCUCCCUUGCCCUUUGAUGGACAUUCUGUCUGCCCUUUCAUGAUUUACAAAAAAACUUAUUUAUUUUUCAGUUAUUUAAAUAAAACAUUUCAUUAUUCCCUUCCUUCCCCUUCCCAGUUCAGUUAAAAGACUUCAAUGCUUCAUGGCAGCAUGGUUAAGAUGACUAAAUAUCUUUAUAUAUCAUUCUAUUUGUUUUCAGUUAAUAAAGUUGAAUGUUAUAAAAAAAUGAUAGAUUUAAUGUGAAUAAAAAUAGACUUUAAUGUGAAAA